AUGCGCGGAAUACAAAUACGUAAUACAGUUAAGGCUGUUCAGCCGGCAAUAACAACAACCACUUUAUCUCCAGGCAUAACACAAGCUUACAGCCUACAACAUCUAGAUAUUCUUUCACGUUAUUCACGAUUCUAUACAUUAACAGAACAGUUUUCACCAAUAACCAAUAAUCUCGAUCGAUAUAUCAGUCCAUUGUGGAUACCAAUAGCCUUAAUUGGUUGUGUUAUCUGUACAAUAAUUUAUGCAAAUCCACAAUGGCGAAAAUCACUGCGUCAAGAUUCAGGAAUAUUAAUGAAUCCAUAUGGUUAUGCAUCAAUUUCUACUUAUUUAUUGAUUUUAUCCAUCCUGCAUUUAUUUCAGUGUGUAUUAGUUGUUAUAAUUGAUCUUGAUACACCAUGGGAUACAGGUUUACUAGCAUGCAGUGGUUUAAUCUGUCCACUGUUUCAUAGCCUAUGGACUGGAAAUCGAUUGCUAAUCGUUUUAAUGACAAUAACACUGGGAAUUGAAACUCUUGUCCUGUUACAGAGAGAUACAAAUUUUCCAUCGAAUACUGUGCUACGUUGGAUAAUAGCUGAUGGUAAUAGUAGGAAGUCUGUUCGUAUAGCUGCUGGCGUUAUUCUGUUGGCUAAUAUCUACGGUUUAAUUGAGACAGCUUAUUGGCGUGUUCAGUAUUAUAAUUUUGAGUAUGACAAAUCACUGCAUUCCAGUCUCCUUCAGUCAUCAUCAUCAUCAUCAUCAUCACCAUCGUCGCUGUUAGCAUCGCCUUUGGCGCUCGAGCUAUUAGCAAGAUGUGAAGUUGCUGGUGGAUUUCAGUACUGGUUUGCUGCAAAACCAAUAAAUAGAUACGAUCCUGUUUUUGAAACUGAUGUACCCAUACGUACGGCUGAACUGGCAGCUAGUUAUUUUGAUUAUCAAUGGAUAACGGGAAUCACUAUUGAUUGUUCACUGGCACUGGCUAAUUUAUGCAUAGGUUUGGCAAUCAUAAGAGCCUACUUCAUAGAUGAUAUUAUCAUACGACAGAGAUAUGCCGAAAGUCGGGCAACUGUUUUAAGGAUAAAACAUCUGGAAGUGAUGCACGUCGCUACAAUAUGUAUUAUCCAAGGUCUUUUUCGACUUCCAAGUGCUUUAUUCACUAUGCUUGAUCCACUGACAAGGCCAGGAGAGAUGACGCUCACAGAUGCUGAGGUUUCGAAAGACAAUACUUGGCAAAGAUUCUUUCUAAUGCUUUCCGCCAAAGUGAUUGGAAUUGAACUGGGUGAUCUACCUGCUGCCUUACUAUUGCCUAUAUGCAUUGGAUUAUGUCGAGAGUUUCGGCAAAACUUUUAUGCAUUGAUCCAAUUUAAAACACCCAGAAAACUAAGAAACACUUUGGUUUCCCUGAAUCCCAGACAUUCAGUGUCCAGAAUUAUCACGCCAUCACCGAAUCUAUCUGGUGGUAUAAAGAAAGAAGCAUAUAUUCAAGGAUCAGAAAGACAUCUUCACCAACGUCUUGCGAAUGACCCAAAGCUUUGUCAAUCUGAAACAAUUCGACAAACUGAUCCAUUAUGCAAUUACAAUGUGUCCAGAGGGGAUGUAUGUGACGAAGCCUCAUCCGAGCGUUACAAACCCGACAGUCGACUUCAUCGGCAAUGUGAAGUUCACAGUGAAACAGACGGUGAGACAACGUAUGACAAUACAAAAUCAUUUCAUCAAUGCAAUAGCCAUCAUCUUCAGAAAGACCAGCAUUUGCAUCACACAGACGCAACUCAGUUAAACAAAUGCUCUCAUAGACAAAAUUCACCUCACAUAAGACCUAAAAGAUAUGAAAAACUUAACGAUAUACGUCAACACCAACAAAGGUUACUUCCAAGAUACAUGUAUAGAUCUGAAUGUGAUCUUCACACCUCAUUGCCGAAUUCCUUAUUCUGUUCAGUUAAUCAGUUGAGCAAUCAGUCAUAUUGCCAUUCAAAAUCAGGAUCGUUUAUUCAUUUACAACGUAAGGAGGAUAACAGAUCAACGAAUUCUUCAUCACCAGUGGAAUGUGA